AUGAUUAUUCAAAGAUUAACAUUUAUCGAAAGUUGUAUUGGAGUUGGAUUAAAUUUAUUAGUUUUUGUAAUGUUUAGUUACAAUAAUUCAACUAAAAAAGAUAAUUAUUUUUUAUUUUUAAAAUGGACAAGAUUAAUAGAUGUAUUAAUACCUUUUACAAGUGGUGUAAUGACAAAUGGAUUUUCAUUAACACCAAUGAAUGGAAGUGCUUCAGAUACAGUUUGUUUUUGGUUAAAAAGUCCUAUGCUAUGUAAUUAUAUGAUAAUUUCAAGUCUUAUAGUAGUAUUGGCAAAUAAUAUUUUAAGAAAAUUAUCAUAUAUGUUUCGUUAUAAUAUAUUUGUUCUCAAAAAAUCAACUUUUUAUUGUUCAAAAUUUGAAAAAUAUUUUACAAUUUUAGGCUUAAUAAUAAUGCCAAUAAUUUUUUUAUCAUAUACUCAUACAUUUCCUCUUAAACCAGAUGAAUAUGAAAAAUAUUAUAACAAUAUAGAUAAAGUUUUACAAAAAAUUCCUAAUACUUCAUAUAUAAUAUCAUUAUAUAAUCCAAAAAUUUCAUUAAACAAUAGUAUAGUAAUUUUUUUUUCAAUUGGUUGUAUUUAUCUUGGUAUAACAAUUGCUAUAAUGAUAUUUUGGUAUGCAAUACCAUUAGAAAAACAAUUAAAAUCAUGUAAAAAAAAUGGAUUUAAUGAAACAAAUAAAAAAAUUAUUAAAGCAAUAUUUUAUUUACGUAUAUCAAUAAUAUUACCAGUCUUCUGUUCAUUACUUCCAACAUUUUUUGUAUAUAUUUAUUCAAUGUUAACAAAAGAUACAUUAGCAAAUGGUUUAUCAUUAGGAUUUUAUUUACCAUUAAUUUAUCAAACAUACUCAAUAAUUAAUCCAAUAGUUAUUAUGUUUCAAGGACAAUUACUUAAAAUAAAAAAUAAUAAUAAAGUUACUUCAGUAAAAAAAAUAAAUAUUUUUUUAAUUAACAAAUUAGGAAUGUAA